CCGCCGCUGAUCAGCGACUGCACGACACCGAGGUCAACAAAAGCAGACAAAACAUCAAAUACCCACCCAACACCCCCAACUCCAAGGCUCACGCGAGACAGGACCACAGAUCACCCGCAUAUACCCUGUCUGUCUCCUGCCUAUCUCAGCAAAUGUCCCUCCCCAGCACCCCUCUCUCGCAGAGCGCACCCUCUCUUACCCUCCCCCGCCCAACCUGCUCCAUGAACCCAAUCGCCCUCGUCAUAAAUGAAAUCGUCACAGUCACCUCCGCAAUGCGGAAAGCCGCCCGAGAUAAUGGGAGUUCGGGGAGUUUUAUCCUCGGUGGUGCGAGCGGGAGCGAAGAUGGAGGUGGAGGACUCUGGGGUGGAUUGGGGGGUAGUCGACGACGGAGUGCGGGGAUGACGGAGAGGACUGGAGACCCCUUGAGUGUCGGUUUUACGAAACUGAGAAAGGAUCUUGGGACGUGUGCGGAUAUCACGCUCUUUGACGCACCGAGGUUACUUUCUCCAUUCCUCGCCGUGAUCCGCGAACCCAACGUUUCGGGCGCAAUAACCUCCCUCGCACUCUCCUCCAUCACAAAAAUCCUCUCCUACGAUCUCCUCACGCCAACAUCUCCCCGUCUACCGUUAGCGUUCCGAGAUCUCGCACACACAAUCACCAAAUGCAAAUUCGAAGCAACAGAUACCGCACAAGACGAAGUCGUCCUCCUCCGUCUCCUCCGCGUGAUGGAACUCACCUUCAACGGCGUCGGACACACCGUGUUGGACGACGACAGUGUUUGCAAAAUGGUCGAGGUGGCGUUGAUCAUGUGUUACCAGAUGAGGCUGAAUGAAGUCUUGAGACGGGCGGCGGAGAUGACGCUUAUGGGGAUCUGUCAGAAGAUAUUUGAGAGGUUGAAGGAGAUUCCGGUUGGGGAGGAUGAGGAGAGAGGGAGUGUGAUGGAGGUGGAGGGGUUGGGGACGCCGAGUGUUUCGGGGAGUGAAAUGUCUGUACAUGAGAACGAGAAGGAGCAGAAACCGCUCUUGCCGGAGCUACCAGAGAAACAAGGAGGAUCCGCACAGGAAAACGGCCAGAAAGCAUCCAUCGACACCGCCAGAACAAGCAAUGAUACCACCGCCGCCGCCGCCGCCGCGACCACGGAAGACGUCUACAUCCGCCCUUAUUCCCUCCACUCCGUCCGCGAAGUUCUGCGCACCCUCAACUACCUCCUCGACCCCCACAACCUCCGCCACACAAACCCAAUGCGCCUCUCCGCCCUCCGUAUCCUCGACGUCGCCUUCGAAACCGCCGGCUCCCACAUCACGACCUUCCCCUCCCUCCACGCUCUGAUCAGCGACGACCUCUGCCGCUACCUCUUCCAGCAGGUCAAAAUGGACCAUCCACUCAUCUUGGGCAUGACGCUAAAGGUCGUUAGUACGUUGUUGCAUACGUGUCGGACUGGAUUGAAGUUACAGCAGGAAGUGUUUUUGGAGUAUGUCGUGGGAUGUCUGCAUCCCCGUCUCAACAACGAACUCCCGAAGGUUCCGGGUGUCGAUGCGGUAUUCUAUGAGGGAAUUCCUGUUGCGCCGAAGAUUCGGAUGAUGUCGAGUGGGCGGAGUACCCCCGUCCCGGUAAAGGAGAAUAAGAAAUUGGGCAUGGGACCGGCGAUGAGGGGGAUGGAUGUAUUGGAGAUGAUGGUGGAGUGCGUGAGUGGGUUGAUGCGGAUUCCGUCUUACAUGGUUGAUUUGUUUGUGAAUUAUGAUUGUGAUGUCGAUCGGAUGGAUUUGUGUGAGGAUGUUGUCGGGUUGUUGAGUCGGAAUGCGGUACCGGAUGCGCAGUCGAUUGCGGCGUCGGUGUCGGCGGGUGGAGCGAGUAUUAGUCCGCUGUGUUUGGAUGCAUUGUUGGCGUAUGUCAGGUUCAUGUUUGAGAGGUUGGAGUUGCCUGUGGAUGGACAGCAUGAGGGAUACCCAAGUCCAGAUGUAUUGUUGAGGCAGAGGGAGAGGAAGCAAACCAUCAUCAAGGGUGCAUCGAUAUUUAACGAGAAGCCAAAGGAUGGGAUCAAGUACUUGGCGGAACAGGGAAUCAUCGAGGAUGCGAGUGACCCGAAAGCUAUCGCGGCGUUCUUUAAGGCUACGACGAGGAUCAAUAAGGCGUUGUUGGGAGAGUACCUGGCGAAGCCGGCGAACAAGAAUACUUUGUAUGCCUUUAUCGACUUGUUUGACUUCCAUGAUAUGCGAAUUGACGAGGCAUUGAGGGUGAUGCUCCAGAAGUUCAGGUUGCCUGGAGAGUCGCAGCAGAUUGAGCGUGUUGUCGAGAAGUUCGCUAGUCGGUUCCACGAGUGUAAUCCGGAGGGUCCUGUUGCGACGGCCGAUGCGGCGUUCGUGUUGUCCUAUUCGGUGAUUAUGCUUAACACUGAUCUUCACAACCCGCAAGUCAAGAAGCGGAUGGCGAUCGAGGAUUACAUGCGGAAUUUGCGGGCUGUCAAUGAUGGCAAGGAUUUCGAGAAGGUGUAUUUGCAAGCGGUCUAUGACGCCAUCGCGAACAACGAGAUCAUCAUUGCUGAGGAACACGGAGACACGAAGGCUGGUUUCGAGGCUGCGUGGAAAGAGUUGAUGAUGAAGACCGAGUCAACGGGCUCGCUGACGAUUUGCGAUACGAAUAUCUACGACAAGCACAUGUUUGCUGCUACAUGGAAGCCGUUGAUCUCGACUUUGGCGUGUGUGUUUGCGACGACAACGGAUGAUGCUGUGUUUUCGGGUGUCAUCACCGGUUUCAAGCAGUGUGCGCAUAUUGCGGCGCAAUACGAGCUGUACGACGUACUUGACCAUAUUAUCCUCUGCUUGGCGAAGAUUAGCACGUUGGCUACUGAUGAGCCGCCCGGCACGGAUGCGAACGUGGAGGUGGAGACUGAGGGACAGAAGAUCACCGUCAGCAAGCUCGCUGUCGACUUUGGUCGCAAUGACCGGGCGAUGCAGGCCGCGUUCGUCCUGUUUGCAGUUUGCAAGGGACACGAACAGACGAUCCGCAAGGGAUGGAAACAAAUUCUCCGGAUUUGUCUGACGUUGUUCAGUAACGGCCUCCUUCCCGAGACUUUCUCACCGAUCAGACAGUUUUUGGUGAUUCAGCCUAUACCACUCAAGGCACCCGUUGAGAAGAAGACAAACCAGAACCAACAGGUUGGUCUCUUUGCGACGUUUGCUUCGUAUCUGUCGAGCGGGGCCGACGAGCCUGCGCCACCUUCGAGAGAGGAAAUUGAGGCUACAAUUAUCGCGGCGGACUGUAUCGAUGCGUGUCAUUUGGAGGACAUAGGUGCCAAUAUCAUGGCGUUGGACAUUGCUGCUGCAAAGCAAUUAUUGGAGUCAGGACUGGUGUAUGCGUCGAUUGAAGAGGAGGUCGCGCAGCCUGUCCCAAUUCCUGCCGAACAGGCAGCUGGCAGGACCAGGUUAAGCGCAUCACAAGCGCCGGGCGCAGAAGAGAAGAAGUCUAUCUACGACCCUUCGAAGUUGCUUAUGCUUGAGGUUGCCUCUGGUCUGGCACUCCGUGAGGGUUCUUCGGAGCUUCUUGCCGAUGUCUUCGAGGCUCUUCGUGAUGUCGUGCGCCAGAGUUCGAGGAUGCAUGAGCUGAUGGUCGAGCGCUCUUUUGCGUACCUUCUCCGCCUGUGCAAGACUCCAGAGACAAUUGACGCUUUGCGCCUUCAACUCGUGAUGCAGGACAUUGCGACUGUUGAGUCUACUAUUCUGCAGAAGAUCGCGCCUUCAAUAGCUACGGGCAUCGUUGAUCUGUUGAAAUCUCCUGCACCAUCUUCCGCUUCUGCUGAGACUAUCUCGAAUUCACCCGAGGAGCUCUUCGCCAUCAUUCGAAGCAUCUUUGGAAAUCACACUUGCCAUCCUCAGAUUUUUGAGAUUGCGGAGGUGUUAGCGACGGAAACGCACGGUGCCAAGCUUACUCCGGAGAACUUCCCUCAUGUUGUCGAGCUUCUCGCAGCUUUCGCUACCCUUGGCGAGAUCGGUGCGCAGGCAGAGCAGAUGCAGGAUGUGGCAUCGAAGAAGGGUACCUCACAAAACGCAUCGAAGGAGAAGAAGCCCCAUUCAUCUGUGGUAUCGAGGAGUGUUGCGAGCGUUGAGUUGCUUUAUGGAAUUCACUCCAAUAUUUCGAAGUUGUCGCAGGAUGAUCAAGAAGCAUGGACAAGGUUUUACACACCCUUGUUGGAAGCACUCGGACUUGAGUGUACUAACCCAUGUCGACAAAUUCGUGCUUCGGCAUUCUCGCAUCUCCAACGCCUUCUACUCCAACCUAUCCCGGCAGCUGAAGGACCAUGGAUCGAGGGUGUGUUCGAUACAGUCUUGAUCGAGCUCAUCAAGUCCCUUCUUCGACCCGAGGUUGUUGCGUCCGAUAAGCGCGGAAUGGCAGAGUCUCGUGUGCUGGCCGGCAGUAUGCUUUGCAAGGUGUUCCUUCGUCACCUCAGUACCUUGGUAACGAAGGAGGAUCUUGUCGAAUUGUGGAUGAGAAUCGUUGAUGCUCUGGAGAGCUUGGUGAAGAAGGGUGGUGAUGACGAAGCAGUUGUUGAAAGUCUCAAGAAUGUCUUGUUGGUGAUGAAGUCACAAACGGAAGGUAUGCCCGUUGAAAGACAGGCGGGUGUGUGGAAGAGGACUUGGGAAAGGUUGGCGAAGUUUUUACCUGGGCUGAAGGAGGAGUUGGAGCUUGAGGUACCAAAAAAUGAGGACACUAAGAAUGAUGAGGAGAAGAAGGGACCAGAGCAAGAUCAGGUCACGGAGGAGGCAGAAGAAGAAAGGAAGGCAUAGUCUGGGUGUUAUAUCUAUGGCGUUUCUUAUUUACAGCGUAGCAAAAGUACAUGUGCAUGCCUAUAUCUACUUCGGACGAAUACAAAAUCAGGAAGAUCAC